GUAAUAAUAUCAGGGUCAGGCUAGCAGUAGCCGAGAACAAGGCUGGGAGCGCGUGCAGCACUCAGGUACUGGUUUGGUGAAUGGAGGGGUAGGGUAGAACGAGGAGUUAACGCACCUGCAUCGGAAGGGCUCGAUGCACACACACACACGCACACGGACUCGCACACGCACAAGAGAAUCUCAGGCGUUCCUUAGGAAGAGAGCGAGGACUCGGGGCGGCGGACUCGGGGAUGCUGCUGCUGCGCCGCCUGGGCCAAAGGAUGGACGAGACUACCAGCAGUCAUCGAAACGAGGAGCAGAUCGGACAAGAGAGAGAGCCAUGCGCGAGUGGCUGUUGCAAGGGUCGACUUCGCUAGCACAUUAUCUCGGGAUCAAAUGUCGAGAGUCGGGAAUCGAGUCCAGGGAGGCAAAGACUGGGGGGUGUGGUUUUAUUUUUGUUUUGUUUCGUUUUCUUUGGGCUAGGGAGAAGGCCUGGUUGGAGUCGCGAAAUGGGGAGAGAAAUGUGGCUCAGGCUCAGCGCGGGCCGCCCACUUACAUUAUUCCCUGCGUUGCUUACUGCUUGCUCCUGCUUGGCCGUGGCCCUUUAGCCUUUAGGCUCUUGUACCCCGGACAGCCUCGUCUGGCGCUGGAUCUACGCAUGACGUGACCGAGGCAAUCGCUUAUUUGUAUUCUAUAUUCAUAAACUAUCUAUGCUAUUAAUUACCCCCUUUCUGGGUUUGUCUGUUCCCUGCCCGCGAGGUCCAGAACCUGGUUGGACAGCGCCAGAACACGCCGUUUCCCCGGGCUUCCUCACGCGCCGAGAACAGCACUCGCUGUGUUAAC